AUGGAUGGAGAAUCCAAUUUAACGUAUAUAACUCUUGAUGGGCUUGUGGAAGUUCACAAAUACAGGUACCUUUAUUUUAUGAUUGUUUUUAUUGCUUAUAUUCUAAUACUAUGCAGCAACUCAGUUAUUGUGUACUUAAUCUGGAUUCACCAAAACCUCCAUGAGCCUAUGUACAUUUUCAUCGCAGCUUUGCUACUGAACUCUGUUAUAUUCAGCACUAACAUCUACCCAAAGCUUCUGACUGACCUUCUGUCUGAAGAGCCUUUGAUAUCUUAUCAGGCCUGUCUUUUUCAGUAUUUCAUAUUUUACUGUUCAUGCGGUUCUGAAUUUUUACUGUUAGCAGCCAUGGCUUAUGACCGGUAUGUGUCCAUAUGUAAACCUCUGCAAUAUCCAGCUAUCAUGAGAAAGAGGACUGUCAAUACCUUGUUGGCUUUAGCUUGGCUUUUACCUGCCUGUCAGCUCGUGGGAACAACAACAAUGAGCGCAAACAAAAAGCUCUGCAGUUUUUCUAUGAAUAUGUUUUUUUGUAAUAACUCACUUUACAAACUUCACUGUGUGAGUUCAAGAGCCAUCACCAUAUACGGUGUGAUCAUUUUGGUAAACCUUGGACUUCUCCCUAUGCUCUACAUAAUUUUUACAUAUGCAAAAAUAUUCGCAAUAACCUUUCGAAGCUGUAGUGAAGUGAGGAAAAAGGCAACGCAGACCUGUUUACCUCACCUGCUGGUUUUAAUCAGUUUUACAUUUUUGAUUACAUUUGAUGUCAUUCUAGUCAGAGUGGAAACUGAUAUUACAAAGACUGCACGUUUAGUUAUGACAUUACAGCUGGUUUUCUAUAACCCCCUCUUCAAUCCAAUCAUAUAUGGAUUAAAAAUGAAAGAAAUUUCUAAACACCUUAAGAGGUUGAUUUGUCAAGGUAAACUGAACUAA